AGGCCAUGUCUCAUUUCAAAAUGCCGUUAGAAGAGAUUGUUCCUUCACAGACGUUACUUGCACAAAUGGCUGAGCAUUUGCUACAGAUCCAGGCAGCUGUAUGUGAAAUUAGAAUUGGAAGAUGGGUCAGAAAUGGUAGUCAGAUUCGCAGUCAAAUGCGUCUCUAUGCAGAAUGCCAUUUUUGCAAUUCAAUGAUUGAUCUGGACAUAUUCUUGCUUCAGAUCUGUGCAGCUUUUCUGGAUCCUGACUACCUCCUGGAUGCCAUAUUAGAAAGAUUUGGUAUAAAACACUGGUUUCAUUUUGGUCCUCUCAAUGUUCCUACUCCAUCUUGUUUCGAUAUGGAUACCGACAUGUCCAUGGUGGAGGGCGCUCUUUGUCUGAUUCUAAACUUACUGAGCUCAAGGCUUCACUUAGGACUAAGCCACCAAGAGGUAAUUCGUCAAGAAAUGGUUGCGCUCUUGUGCAUAGGAGACAGAACACACAGUCAACUUGUUGAACUCAUUCCUGACAAGCCUGGCCAGACACACAAGAUUCAGGAGUUUGAAGAAUCUCUGGCAGAGAUUGCAGUUUACAAAGCACCAGCUUUUGAGAAUGGAUGGAUGCAGCAAGGAAAAUAUGCCCCUAAAGACAUAGUGUGGGAACAAAAAUUUGAUCCCGUACAAGUGUUUCAUCGUGCAAUGCAACGUCAGGAUAUACAGUCAGCAAUGAACAGAUACUCUGCUUUCAUAAGCAAGACAACUCAAGCGAGCAGCAGUAGUAAUCUCUGGCCGCCGUUCAAGCCCCUUCGUCCUCUUCCCAAAGGCAGCGAAGGAAUACUAAGGAUGCUCCAAUGCAAAACGAUGCAUGGCAUGCUUUACUACAUCUUUUUUCAGGCUGCCCAAGAAAAUAGCAACAUUUCUGAUUCUUUACUCUAUACAGCUGUACACUUGACGAGUUUGGCGCUGGAAACACCGGUUCCUCCACCAUCUAAGGGCUUGAAACCAAACAUAAUACUUGACAUGGAGUGUGAAGAUGUUGGAUGCCAGAUUGCUUCACGUUGUAUUGACCAUCUAGAGACGUAUGGUAAACAUGUGAAAGAUUUACACCAAGUAGAGGACUUGCGGCAUAUAAACGCAGAACUGAUAACCACGCUACAAAAAGAUCCAGACACGCCAAUCGACCCUCAACGGUUCACGUGCCAUGACGUCUGUGUAGUAAUGGCCUGUGCCGUCCAUCAGAUUAUGCAGCCUCCUCUCUUUGAUCCAUUCCUGCCCUUCAUGGCACAAGUGCUUAAUAGUGCCCUCAAUAACAAGAGCAAUCAGAAUGAGAAAGUAGCUCAGUUACAGCACAUCCAGUUUCUGCUGGAGCUACUCCCACCACACCGGAGAAACUUGGUGAAAAAACUUUCUAGUCAUCUCGUCAGUGUCUCAGAGCGGUUCAACAUCCCAACCAAGAACCUGGUCUUAGUAAGCGAUGAUUCACAGCCAAUGGAGCUUUCAAUGUUACUGAUGUACUUGAUCAAGUACCAUGACUGGAUGUUUAGGGUUCAUUCGCCCCCAUUGGGAUGGCCAGGUGACAUCCUUGAUCUCGAUUUCAAGUCCGUUUCCAUGGUAGACAGCAUACGUCAUUCAGUUGGUGUAAUCUUACCUCCAGAACCAAUGGAUACGACUCGUGCAGAAACAGCAUCUGAAGGCUCCACCAGUGUCCCAAGUCAAGUUCCUGGUACCUCUUCCAGUAGCCGACCUUUAAGCCAAUUUCUGGACGACACUCCAGCAUUUCGCACUCUUGUACAGGAAUUUAUGGCCAUCACUGAAGCCCCAGAAAGUGUUGCUCGAUCUCUUCUGAUCACGUGUGGAGGGAACCUGGAACUAGCCAUUAAUAUGCACCUCAACAUGGAAGACACACUUCCGGUCCUCCCUGAUAAUAGUUCCCAGUCCUCUUCAACCGAACGGCCAGUUCAUGAAGAGUCGGCAGGAUCAAAAGAGGAAGUCCAGCCCAAGGCCUUGAAUGAGAGUAUAUUGAGUAUAUUAUGGAAGAUUAAAACGUCUUUCGCAAGUUCUUCAUCCAGUUCUUCGAGUGUCGGUGAUGGUUCAUACUAUAUCAACAAGCUCAUCGAGCAGGCACGAACAAGCACUCCAGGAAAUGCUGCUGUUGUUGCUUCUCUAACCUCUGCUGUUAGUAAAGACGUUGAAGAAGAAAAGAGUGCUGGUGAUGACUUAGACGAAGCAGCCAGGACGGCUCUCAGACGAAAGCAAGCACGGGAGCGACAACAAAAACUCUUGGCCGAGUUCGCUUCCAAGCAAAAGUCAUUCAUGGAGCAAGCAUUGAAGAGGGAUCCUGACGCCCUAGAUGACGUUAGCAUGGAUGUCGAUGCGCCUCCCGAUACAUCUGAAACUAACAAUGACAAGACAUACGAGUGUGUGAUCUGUGGUGAAGCAUCUCCUUCGACAGAAGAGCGACCAGUGGGACUCGUUACACUGCUUCAGCCCAGUGCAGUUCUCAAGCAUCGAUCGUUGAGAAAACAGAAUACUUCUGCGUCCAAUGAGCCUUUUCAAGCAACGAAUUGCGGUGGUUUCGUAAAGACGAGAUUCAAUGCCCUAAUAAAGCUGUUUCCCAAGGAUGAAAGCAUCGAUGCCUUGUCAGCAGGAUGUGAAGGCGGGAUUCACGCACAAACCUGUGGGCACUACCUACAUGUUGAUUGCCAACAAUCGUAUCUCAAAUCACUUCAGGAGGAAGAGGCCGCCCAACUACACCACACGCAGUCAUUUAGCCCAAGGAAUGGAGAUUUCACUUGUCCAUUAUGUCGGCAGCUAAGCAACUGUGUUCUACCUGAAAUUCCACUUCUAAUAAUGCCUUCACAAGGCAACCAGAAGCACAUGGGUCACAUUGAUUGCCUUCAUCUUCAGCGAGAAACAUUAAGAAAGUAUUUUCAAAAUUCCUUUACGAAGCUGACAGCAAGUGCACUCAACUUCAGUGUUCUUGGGGCAUCAAUCAAGACGGUGGUUGAAAUAGCUUCUAUGCUCGGCACCAAUGGAGAAAUUCCUAAAUCAGAAAGACCGUUUGAGUUACUGUAUAGGACUAUAAGAACAAAUCUCGAACUCGAGCAAGUCAACAGAGAAGCAAGAAAACUCUCCACGAGUCGGAAGUCUUGUUUCGGGUCGCUGAUGCGCGCCUUUCACUUCCACUGCCAGACCCUUGUGGAACCUUUAAUUCCCGUCUGGUCAGAAUUAUCAGAUAUUGACAUUCCUCAAGAACAUUCAAAGUCAGCCAAUAACAAACCUCCAGCGGUGCCCUUGCUUCUUCGAGAUGCUCCUUCUUUACUGAUCCAGAUGAUGUUAUCAUGGACCUCAGCUCUUUCAUUACGUGAUUUUCAGUGUCUGGUUCAACUAAUCUACAACCUCGUCUUCACUCAAGGACUGGUUCAUUCUUGCUGCAAGUUUGUCGGAGAUGAACGACUCUCGUGGCAAGAAACUGGCAAGAAGGCGUUAGUCCAAAAAAAUACGCAAAAAUCGCUGACCAUCGACAUGCUGCUUGGAUUUGUGACCCAGACACUCUCGUCAAGUAAACUAUUCAAAGAAGAUAAUCUGAUGCUUGGGAUCUCACAAUCAGUAUGGUCACCUCACAUGGUAGAACAGUCCAUCAGGGACUUUUGCUUGCCUUAUCUAAAGAUCGCUAACUUGAUAUCCUCGCUUUGCUAUGACACCGUGAUGCCAAAGGUGGAGACCAGCGACCAAGAGUUCCAGGCUUAUGCAGCUUCUCUUCAACUAUGCACUGAAUCUCCUUCCUCGCGGGAUGGCUUCUCGUGUGCUGAUUGUUUGAAAUGGCCACAUGCCAAACCACUAAGUAUUAUACGUAAAUGGUGCGAUUCUCUGUCUUCCGUGACAAGACGUUAUGAUGCAUUUGUAAAGAGCCAGGAUCUUCUUCCCAUCACACAUCAGUGGCAAUCUCCAAAAAUGAUCCAACUUCCCGAACGAUAUGAUUUAGUAAUACAACAUUAUCGUAAACUAAAGUGCACCACAUGUGACACCAAACCAGACGACCCCGCGGUGUGUUUGGUCUGCGGUAGGUUUGUUUGCCUACAAGGCAUGUGUUGUGUCAGCACAGAUGAGGGACGAAAACACGAGUGUGUCAAGCAUUCAGCGGAAUGUGGUGCAGGUACUGGAGUAUUCCUUAUCGUAUUAUCAUCUGUAGUUAUCAUUAUACGGGCUGAUCGUGUUUGUAUGUGGGGAUCUGUCUACCUGGACGGCUUUGGGGAAGAGGACCGUGACUUAAGACGGGGAAAACCCUUGUUCUUAAGCCAAGAUCGCUACAAUAGACUUCAAGAACAGUGGUUUACACAUAGUUUUGACCACACUUGCAAGAGAUGGAAAAGACACAUGAAUGCGCUAUAAUUGUACAUUCAGCAGAAGAAAAACGUCACCGAAUGAAUCAGCAGUGCCUAGAUAUAAUUGACCAGUGGUCGUUCCCGACAGAACAUCAAGGCAGCUUUAAUGGGUUAUAUUCUUUGCCUAACAAAAAGAACCUCGCAAAAAAAUAUUUUGCGAGGUUCUUCUUGUUCGACAUAAAGGCGAUGACGUAAUAUGAGAUGACGUAAUAUAUUGAUAUGGAAGCAUUUCAGCUUUAUAGUUACACAUUUGAUACAGCGGUAUGGUGACGAUGACGUAGUGAUGUUAACACUAAAGUGAUAAAGAAGUGCGAGGUUCUUCUUGUUCAACAUAAAGGCGACGACGCAAUAUAACAUGGUGUAAUACAUUCAUAUGGAAGCAUUUCAGCUUCAUAUAGUGACACAUUGAUACACCGGCAUGGUGACGAUGACGUAGUGAUGUUAACACUAAAGUGAUGAAGAAGUUACGAGUAAUUUUUUGAUAGCUGACUGCAAUCCACACUGGAGCUAUGACGUCACUGCAUUCCAACAUGGAUGAAUGACGUCACUGCAUUCCAACAUGGAGGAAUGACGUCACUGCAUUCCAACAUGGAAGAAUGACGUCGGUGAAUUUACUGGAUCCCAAAGCAUGGAACAACAAGAUCGUGUUGGUACCCUCGACUCAAAGGCAGAACUUCAAGGUGCGAUAUAACCAAUUGCAUCAUGAAAACGAUGGCCAUACCGUGUGACUCACCAAGAGUUUAAACGAGAACCAAGAUCUUUAACGUCAAAAUACUUUGCUCUAAAGUAACACUUCGCCUUGAAGGGACUAAUGUUAGGGCAAAAAAGUUAAUACCCAACAAGAAAAAGUGCUCCAUAGAUUCUUCACCCUGAUAUUACUCGUACACGUUUGCUCUUGAGGAGAAUUCAUAAUUUAUUAGGGGAAAAAGUAGAGACUUUACUGACAGCUGUACAAAGAUACUUAAUAAAUCAAUAACCUUUUCCUGAAAUCGCUCGAGUGACCUCGAAACAGUCAAGCUUUAACUUUCAAAAAAGAUUUUUACUUUCAAACAAUCUACAAUUUUACAUUUUCGAUAAUGAGAAGGGGAAAAUACAUAAGCAAUAUUAAUACAUUUAACAAAAUUGACUAAUUAUGAUGAAUGUUUAACAUAAUAAAAUACAGUAAAUGUACCUCGACUUUCAACCAUUGGCUCGUGGUCACUCAAGUGAAUAGUACUCGGUUCGGGCGUAAUGUUUUCCCAUUUCAGACCACGCGUCAUUCCUUUGAGGAUAAGAUUCUUUGUUUCAGUUAUUUCAAUAUUCAUCAAUAUUCAACCGAGCGCAAGCGUUAAGCAAAUAAAUGAUACUUUAGGGAAUGACACGUGGUCUGAAAUGAGAAAACAUUACGCCCGAGCCGAGAAAGUCUAUUCGGGAAAGGGCUAGAGAGUCUUUGCUUCAUCAAGUGAUGGCAACCAUGACAGGAAGCAUAAGAAUAGAGUCGUUCUCCCCAGGGAAACUGAAUUCUUCCUAAUGUAAAUUAGAUUAAACCAGAUUCAAUUGUUCGUGCCUCCUGUCAUGGCUGCAAUCACGUGAUGACGCAAGCCUCUAUAUAUGCUAGAUUUAAACGCGUAGAAUAUAUGAAUUAUUUAUGGUGGGCGCUGUCCUGAUAAAGACCGUACUUCUUUAACAGAAGCUGGACAAUUGCAUGAACUUUACAUAAAAAGACUUGUGAUCAAAUCAUGUGGUGUUUGAACCGGUGCCGGAGAAUCGGUGCUAUGCCAUGUAACCCAUGAGAAAUAUUUUAUAUUCUUUGCAAAAAAAUGUUUAAUAUAAUAAAAAGUCAAAUAUUUCAAAAAGGAAUAGAA